CUGCGGGGAACCCUCCUGCUCCGAGCAUGGGCAAGCGGGUGGCCGUGGUGCUGGCGGGGUGCGGGGUGUUCGACGGCAGCGAGAUCCACGAGGCGUCUGCGGUGCUGGUGCAGCUCAGCAGGGACGGGGCAGAGGCAGAGCUUUAUGCUCCUGAUGUGGACCAGAUGCACGUGGUGGACCACAUGAAAGGACAGCCAACCAAGGAGAAGCGCAACGUGCUGGUGGAAAGUGCCAGGAUAGCCAGGGGCAACAUCAAGGACCUGGCUAAGCUGGAUGUCAAGGGGCUGGAUGCCCUGAUCAUACCAGGUGGCUUUGGAGUGGCUAAAAACCUGAGUACUUGGGCUACCCAAGGCAAGAGCUGCAUUGUCUGCAAAGAGGUGGAGGAUGUCCUGAAGGCAUUCCAUGCUGCCAAGAAGCCCAUCGGCCUGUGCUGCAUUUCCCCAGUGCUGGCAGCCAAAAUCUUCCCGGGAUGUGAGCUGACCGUGGGCCACGACACCGAGUGUGAGCAGUGGCCCUACGCCAGCACUGCCGAGGCCCUCAGGGAGCUCGGCUGCAAACACAUCAACAAGCAGGUCUCCGAGAUCCACGUGGACGUGCAGAACAGGCUGGUGACCACCAGUGCCUUCAUGUGCAACGCCCCCAUCCACCAGGUCCACGAUGGCAUUGGGAAAAUGGUGCAAGAGGUGCUCAGGCUUGCCUGA